CCCUCCUCUCUCAAUGUACAAAAUCUUCCAAUGCGAGCAAAGCGAGCUCCGCCACUUCGUCUACCGCACCUCCUCCUUCCUCUCCAAAAAAGACACUCUCACCUUCAUCAACAUCUCUCGCAUCUUCCGGUACCACUUCUUCACCACAGAGUCCAAACUCACCCAAUCCCUCAGCAUCUUCUCCAAGGACGACUUCGAGCACAAAAAAAGAAAGCCACUUACGCUGGAUCACCAACAUCGACACCACCAUCGACCUCAUCGAACUCGAAAUAAACUGGCGCAGACUCUACACGCUCGCCAGUCUAAAAUGGUUCGGCGACUUCAUGACCCUCGUCCUUCGCCGCAGCAGGAAUUUACAAAUCCUGAAGCUAGAUUUCAGGCUGUUGCCUGAAAAGUGCUAUGAGACUUGUUGUCACUGGACGCAGAUGUUGAUGGACAGGGUGGAGAAGGAAGGGCUCUUUGAACUGGUCGUGAAGGGGGAUAAGGCACUGGAUGAGGGCAUGGAGGAGAGAGUGUGUAGGUUUGAGAGUGUGUCUUCUUUGGGGCUGAGUACAAGUUUUGAGCCGAAUAAGAGGAUUUUUGAGCAGGAAUUCCCGAAUUUGGAUAGGAUGGAGAUUGUGUGUGGGUUAGAGAUGGUGGAGCCGUUGAAUUAUUAUAAGUUUUUGGAGAGGAAGAAUCGGAAAUUGAGGAAAGUUAUUUUUCGAGCUGAAGGAAGUAUAAUAUUAGGAAGUUGAUGAUUCCUGUGAGGAAAGCUAAAAAAUGAUCCAAAGGAAAAGUAUGGGUUUACCGAGCUACUUAAGGAAAGAGGCACACAUAUGAGAAGUCUUGAGAUUAAAAAUAGCUUUCUCUGUGAAUCUAAGUUCUACAGGUUUGAUGUAGCAGUUUUGCCAAAACUAAGAAAGAUAAGUAUUGAUAACUGUAAAGGAACUUCAACUUGUGAUAUGCUACUUAGAGCUACUAACUGUCCCCAGCUGAGAGAAGUCUAUAUUAAUAAUCUGAAACUAACUGAGCCAGAAGUAAUUGAAGGAAUCUUUAUGAAUUGCUAUGAGAUCAGAGAAAUUACCCUUAUAUUCCAAAGAGGAGAUUGUACAAAAACAUUCAACAAAGGAUUGAACAAUAUUAUCGCUAAGAUUAUGAGAAAGUACGCCAGAUUCAUGCCUCUUCCAUUAUGAAUUUUUAACCAUCUCAAAAAGAUAUCUGUUUCAAACCUCAACAGUGAAUCCAUUGAUCUUUUUAGGCAGAUAAAUGCCAUAGACUACGAUGUAUAUAGCAAAUUCCAGGUGUUUGAAGCGAAGACAGGAAAAAGGCUUCUCUAAGCUAGAAGUUUAACCAAGAAUUUUGAACCUUUUAAAGUAAUUUUUAC